UGAUAAGCACACACUCACGUGCAUCUGCUAUCAUCCUCCUCCAGCACUUCCAGCUCCAUCACUGCAGCGGAGACUCUUCCAGGAUCACAGCGACCCAAGUUUCAGGAGAAAGAACGGCAGCAUGUCCAUCACGGAGAAGGAGAAGACUGAUGUGCGCCUGGUGUUUCUAGGAGCAGGUGGAGUGGGUAAGACAGCCCUCAUACACCGCUUCCUCCAAGACACCUUUGACCCAAAACAUCGGCGGACGGUGGAGGAGAUCCACAGGAAGGAAUACGAGGUAGGGGAGGUCAAAGUCACCAUCAACAUCAUCGACACCAGCGGCAGCUACUCUUUCCCCGCCAUGCGCAAGCUCUCAAUCCAGAACGGCGACGCCUUCGCACUGGUCUACGCCGUGGAUGACCCCGACUCCCUGGAGGCGGUCAAGAGGCUGCGAGAUGAGAUUCUGGAGUUCAAAGAGGACAAGCACCCGCCCAUCGUAGUGAUUGGAAACAAGAUCGACCGCCACAGUGAGCGGGAGGUGUCCAGCAGGGACGCGCUGGCCAUGGUAGAGCUGGACUGGGACCACAUCUUCGUGGAGUCCUCGGCCAAGGACAACGUCAACGUUCUGGAGGCUUUCAUGGAGCUGCUGCAGCAGACCGACCUGCCCAGUCAGCUUCGGCCGGCUCUGUGCCGGAGGCGUGAAACCAUCCCCACGCAGGGCGGCAAACGGCCUCCGAUGAACAAGACCAACAGCUGCCUCAUCUCAUAGAGACCGGAAAGACGAUUUAGCAGUUGAAAAGAAACGGAAAGUUGUUUUCUGACUGUGACCCAAACAAAAAAUAAACUUCAAAGGUGAGGAUGGUGGUUGACCCAGAAUGUAAAACAUGUAAAUCAAAAUGAAAGCAGGAAUGUUGACAGUCUAGAUCAUUUGUCAAUCAAACCUUCAUUAUGAUGUUCUGUAGCUUACAAAAACGCAAAAUUACAACCGAGAAAGACGUGAAAACGAACUUUUAUCCUUCUCAGAAUGUCAUUUUUCUUCUCAAAAUAGCUGGAACCGACAUCUAGCAGUGAGAUUGUGAUCAAAUGAAGUCAUUUAAAGAGUUGUGCAUCUCUGUAUCUGUUACAUGCCUGCACUGUGUUUUGCUGUUACUCUCCACUAUUAAAGUCCAGUGUUUGUCUUGAAAUAAACCAUCAAGAAUUUGUACUUUUUUGCAUGCUGUAGUGCCUUUUUAAUGCAAUUUUUUCCACAAAUAAAUAAAAUAAACACAUUGUUGCCCUUCUACAGAAAAAAAAAAUAUGAUGAUUAAUAUUGACAGUUUCAUUUCUAGAGAACUCAUCUAACUAGAUGAGUAAGUUUAUUUUAGAGCUGCAGCAUCGCCUCACGAACUUGUGUCAAGUUUAAAGGGGCAUGUUGGUUUUAGUGCGCAUACUUUAGAAGUCAUCAGGUGGUCAUUGUUUUGACACAAAAGCACCUCCAUAGAAUCUGGUCUCCACUGCCCUCUGGUGGUGAGCCAUGAUACAUUUUUAUUUUAUUUUAUUACUUUAUUUUUUCAAUAAAAGUUAUUUCAUUCUUUUGAAAUACAUGUACUAUUUUAAAAUAUUUUUUUAUACUUUGAUCAACAACAUUUUUAUUUAUUUUUUUAAUUUACUAAAUAAUGAAUUCAUUGACUUUUGGCAGAAUAAAAUGUAGUAUUUUUGGCCAAAAUAUUACCAAAAGUAAAAAGAACACAACUAAAAAUUAAAAGUUUGUUUCAAUGCAGGAAUAUUGACAUUUUUACUUCCCCUUGCUGGUUUUCAAUGUUCAGAUAGAGCAUUUUUUCAAUUUCAGCUUCAACCCUUGAGGGUAGGCAUUAGUAAUAGCUGAAAAUUACUCAAAGACAUCCCAAAAAUGACCUGAAUUUAGGUCAGGACAGCAAUAACUGCUCAUCUCAGUCUCCACUUGGCAGCAUCAGAGUUGUUAGAGGUUUGUAAGGUGAGAUCAGGAGGGAAAUUGGCUGCUGACAUUUAAGUCCUCUCUAAAAAAAAAAAAAAAAAA